CACGCCACUCACUGGUCUGGGAUGCUAGCCGCGUGCUGCGUUCCCUUAUCGUGACAACAACCCCUCUGAUCGCACAGGCUUAUCCCUGUUGAUAAGAGGAGUGCAGCUGUUCCCUGUCUCUUGCCACCCUCUUCUCAACUUGGGGAGUAGAUUUGAGCUCCUCGUGAUGUUGUUUGCACGCUAUUUUUCAUCCUUCGUGUCGCCGUUGUGUACCUUGGCCAUGGAGUGCAGGUGCAGGGAAUGUCGGCCUGGGCGUCAUGCCUCAAUCACACAAGUACGGGGACAUACUGCUUUGCCGGGCUCCCUUAGGGCGUCGCAGCCUGGUGCAGUGUGGUUGGUUACGGAAACAGCAUCGCCCAGCUUACCAAAGACGGGAUAGAUCGAGGACCAGCAUGUGGAUUCCCCUGCUCUG